AUGGGUAAAGUCGUAGGAGUGUACUUUUCUGCCCAUUGGUGCCCUCCGUGUCGUAUGUUCACUCCGGUCCUGAAGGAUUUCUAUGAAGAAAUUUGUGACGAUGGCUUUGAAGUUGUGUUCGCCUCGUUUGAUCACAGCGAGGAAGAACAGAUGAAUUACAUUCGUUCCGAGCAUGGUGACUGGUACUAUGUGCCCUUCGGCCAUCCUUCUAUACGGGAAGCGGCGAACAAAUUAGAUGCUAACGGCAUUCCAGCGCUAAUAAUUUUCAAGAAAAAUGGCGAAAUUGUUACGAAGAAUGGCCGGUCAGAUGUGUCGGUAUGGUCAUUUAUUUACUGCUUUGCUUAUUGGUACAGUAGUGAGUUGAGAAGUCUAUAG